UCUAGCUCACUCUAGUCCGGACGUGACGACAUUCAUACGUAACCGAGCAAAGAUGGCAGACAGCAUCCCUUUGAAUCCUGUACGGAAGAAUUCGAGAAAAACUGCGUAUUAUAAUACUGGCAGACCUGUCAGGUAUCAGAUUGAAGACGAAUCCUCAAGCCUUGAUGAGAUGCCCUUGAUGAUGUCAGAGGAAGCCUUUGAAAAUGACGAAAGUGACUAUCAGACGCUGCCCAGAGCCAGAGUGAGGCAGAGAAACAGAGGACUGGGCUGGUUCCUCUGUGGUGGAUGGAAGGUCCUGUGCACCAGCUGUUGCGAAUGUCUGGUUCACACAUGUCGCAGGAAGAAGGAGCUGAAAGCUCGGACAGUGUGGCUGGGACAUCCCGAGAAAUGUGAAGAGAAGUACCCCAAAAAUGCCAUCAAGAAUCAGAAAUACAACAUUGUCACUUUUGUGCCAGGGGUUCUUUACCAGCAGUUUAAGUUCUUCCUCAACUUGUAUUUUUUGGUAGUAGCUUGUUCUCAGUUUGUUCCAUCGCUGAAGAUAGGGUAUUUGUACACCUACUGGGCCCCGCUGGGCUUUGUGUUAGCUGUCACCAUGGUGAGAGAGGCAGUUGACGAAGUUCGGCGCUGCAGGAGAGAUAAAGAGAUGAAUUCCCAGCUGUACAGUAAACUCACAGUGAGAGGGAAGGUCCAAGUAAAGAGCUCAGACAUACAAGUUGGAGAUUUAAUCAUUGUGGAGAAGAAUCAGAGGAUUCCUGCUGAUAUGGUUUUUCUGAGAACAACAGAGAAGACUGGUUCGUGUUUUAUUAGAACAGAUCAGCUGGAUGGAGAGACAGACUGGAAGCUGCGAAUCGCUGUUGCUUGCACUCAAAGACUUCCUGCCUUAGGGGAUCUCUUCUCCAUCAGCGCCUACGUUUAUGCCCAGAAGCCUCAGCUGGACAUUCACAGUUUUGAGGGGAACUUCACAAGGGAGGACUGUGACCCUCCCAUCCACGAGAGCUUGAGCAUUGAGAACACCCUGUGGGCCAGCACUGUGGUGGCAUCUGGUACUGUCAUAGGUGUAGUCAUAUAUACGGGAAAAGAAAUGAGAAGUGUGCUGAAUACGUCACAGGCCAAAAACAAGGUGGGACUGUUGGACCUGGAGUUAAACCGCCUAACAAAAGCUCUGUUCCUGGCUCAGGUGGUUCUGUCUGUUGUUAUGGUGGCUUUGCAGGGAUUCCUUGGGCCCUGGUUCCGAAACCUGUUCCGUUUCGUGGUUUUAUUUUCAUACAUCAUCCCCAUCAGUCUAAGAGUAAACCUGGACAUGGGUAAGUCUGCGUACGGCUGGAUGAUUACAAAGGAUGAGAAUAUUCCAGGUACUGUGGUUCGGACAAGCACCAUCCCAGAAGAACUUGGUCGUCUGGCCUAUCUGCUUACAGACAAGACAGGCACUCUGACCCAGAACGAGAUGGUCUUCAAGCGCCUCCAUCUCGGUACUGUGUCAUACGGGAUGGACACUAUGGAUGAGAUCCAGAGUCACAUCAUCCAGUCCUACGCUCAGGUGUGCUCAGUGCAGUCUAAUGGCAAUAGUGCGAGUUCAACACCCUCUCGUAAACCACAGCCGCCCGCUCCAAAGGUCCGCAAGAGCGUGAGUAGCCGGAUCCACGAGGCCGUGAAAGCCAUCGCCCUCUGCCACAACGUUACUCCGGUGUACGAAUCCCGUGUUAACGGUGCCAGUGCAGAGCCAGAGAGCACAGAGGCCGACCAGGACUUUAGCGACGACAACCGCACUUACCAGGCCUCCAGUCCUGAUGAGGUGGCUCUGGUGCGCUGGACUGAGAGUGUGGGUUUGACUCUGGUGAACAGAGACCUGACGUCCCUCCAGCUGAAGACCCCAGCUGGACACAUCUUGACCUAUUACAUCCUCCAGAUCUUCCCCUUCACCUCUGAGAGCAAGCGCAUGGGCAUUAUUGUCAGGGAGGAGGCUACGGGCGACAUCACGUUUUACAUGAAAGGGGCUGAUGUUGCUAUGGCGAGCAUUGUACAGUACAAUGAUUGGCUGGAGGAGGAGUGUGGGAACAUGGCCAGAGAGGGCCUGCGGACACUGGUGGUGGCUAAGAAAUCACUGACUGAAGAGCAGUACCAGGACUUUGAGAGUCGAUAUAACCAGGCAAAGUUGAGUCUCCAUGAUCGUGCUCUGAAGGUGGCGGCAGUGGUGGAGAGUCUGGAGAGAGAGAUGGAGCUUCUAUGUCUCACUGGAGUGGAAGAUCAGCUGCAGGCCGAUGUGCGGCCCACACUAGAGCUCCUCCGUAAUGCAGGGAUCAAGAUCUGGAUGUUGACCGGGGACAAGCUGGAAACUGCUACGUGUAUCGCCAAAAGUUCCCACUUAGUUUCUAGAAAUCAAGACAUCCAUGUUUUCAGACCGGUGUCCAACAGGGGCGAAGCUCAUCUGGAGCUUAAUGCCUUCAGGAGGAAACACGACUGUGCGCUGGUCAUCUCAGGAGACUCUCUAGAGGUCUGUCUGCGUUACUACGAGCAUGAAUUUGUGGAGCUGGCGUGUCAGUGCCCCGCUGUGGUUUGCUGUCGCUGCUCUCCCACACAGAAAGCUCAUAUCGUUCGAUUGUUACAGCAGCAUACAGACAACAGAACAUGUGCCAUAGGUGAUGGAGGAAAUGAUGUCAGUAUGAUCCAAGCAGCAGACUGCGGUAUCGGUAUUGAAGGGAAGGAGGGAAAGCAGGCGUCUCUGGCUGCAGAUUUCUCCAUAACCCAGUUCAAACACAUUGGCAGACUGCUGAUGGUACACGGCCGAAACAGCUACAAACGCUCGGCAGCUCUGGGCCAGUUUGUCAUGCACCGUGGCAUGAUCAUCUCCACCAUGCAGGCUGUGUUUUCCUCUAUUUUCUACUUUGCAUCUGUUCCUCUGUACCAAGGUUUCCUCAUGGUGGGUUACGCCACCAUCUACACCAUGUUCCCUGUCUUUUCUCUGGUGUUGGACCAGGAUGUGAAGCCUGAGAUGGCUCUGCUGUAUCCUGAACUCUAUAAAGACCUCACCAAGGGUCGCUCCCUGUCCUUUAAGACCUUCCUGAUCUGGGUUUUGAUAAGUGUAUAUCAAGGGGGCAUCCUGAUGUACGGGGCCCUGGUGCUGUUCGAUCAGGAGUUUGUGCAUGUGGUGGCGAUCUCCUUCACUGCUCUGAUCCUGACGGAGCUGCUGAUGGUUGCACUGACGGUCCGCACCUGGCACUGGCUCAUGGUCGUAGCCGAACUUUUUAGUCUUGGCUGCUACCUCGCUUCCCUCGCCUUCCUGAAUGAAUACUUUGGCAUAGGUCGCGUGACCUUAGGAGCUUUCCUGGAUCUCUCGUUUAUCACCACACGGGUGUUCUUGUGGAAGGUGUGCGUCAUCACGCUGGUCAGCUGUUUGCCGCUCUACAUCAUCAAAUAUCUGAAGCGGAAAUUCUCCCCGCCAAGUUAUUCCAAACUCUCCUCCUAAACUUUCCAUAUAGUCACAUGGUGUCAAAAGGCAUGCUGAUGCAUUUAUAAACACACGUGACUGCUACAUCAAACACUUUGAAACCCAUCUAAUCCUUUUUUGUUUUAAAAACUGGAUGUUCGCUCACCCAAAAAUGAACAAGCUAUCAUUUACUCACCAUCAUGUUGUUGUUCUAAACAUUUAUGGGUUUACAGUCUUUUUUUGGAAACACAAAAGGAGAAGUUAAGCAGGAUGUUUCUGCUACUCAUCCUAACAUCUGCUUUUGUGUUUUAUCUUGACGGAAAAUCCUGACUGUUCCUGAAUCCUGAAUGACACAGGGGUGAAUAAUUAAUGACCAAACAUUCAUUUUUGAGUAAAAACUAUCCGUCACAAAUGCCUAAAAGUGCUUUAUGAUGCUGUUUAUGUGUGCUUUAUGAAUGCUUUUUCAGUGACAUUGUGAUUGUUUUUUUUUUUUUUUGCAUAUUCAUAUGGACUUUGCCAUUGUAAAGUGUUUUUUGUGCUCAUCAUGUUUCUGCUCUUAAAGAUAGUGGAACAGUUGUAGGACAAAAUGGUGAGAAGCAUAGAGUACUUGAAGAGGCUAAAGCACAAAAAAAGAGAUAAAGAUAGAAAUAAAGAGGGUGUUUAGGCACCCACAUUGGAAUGAUGGGGCCUAAUCCUGUCACUUUUUACUUACUGUUAAUGUAUAUGAAGGAUAAAUCAGCAUUACAAUUUUUUUUAUUGAAUAUAUGAUAGCUUUUUUAUUGGUGGUAUGCAAUGAUGUUAAUAACUUCAUGAUAAUGUUUCAUUUUUAGUAUUAUCACACCCAUCAGCACUUUCCCUUCUGGCACAUUCUGUAUUAUUAAUUUUAUUAAUGGCUCUGGGUGGGCGGGCUUGACAAAUACCUGUGGUUGUGAUUCUGACUACAUGAGUGUAUACUGAAGUUGAAUUGGGACAGCUUUAGUUUCCUGUUGUGCUGUGGCUGCUGCUGCCAUAUGAUCCUGCUGCAAAACUGUGUAAAUGUAAACCAGAGCACAGCUUGUGUUAUUACAGUGGGAACUAUUUGUUCUGGGAACAACGGUCCUCUUAACCUGACAUUCUAAAUGACAUUGUAUACGACUUUUGACAUUUGACAAAUCCAACUUGAUUGAUGCAUGACCUGAUUGACUUUUAUUACUUAUUGCGACACCAUCGGAACAAGACAUGAAUGUUGUGUUUUUUGUUAUAAAUGAAUGACUUUUUUUAAGAUCGUAAAAAACUGCAAACAAAAUAUUUAGAUGUUCUAGCUGCUUAGAAAUACAGUGUCAUUUUUGCUCUUCUUAAAUCCACCUAUGGCACUCGCUCAUCAGCAGUUAUGUUUUUAUAGACAACGUCGCCUCACAAUCAGCUAUUAAUUUUGGAGUUUUACCAUUUUUUUGAGGACAUUCACAGGAAAUACUGAACUAGUUUUGUCCCUUGAUGACUGUGCUCACGGUGUGAAGUUGGCUCAGUAAUGUGAGAGAUCAUCUUGCCUUAUCUUUAUAGACCAAGUCAGCUGGAAUGAGGAAUGAGUUUUAUCAUUCACUUUAUUUUCUAUGUAGAGUGUGUGUUUACUAUACUGAAUGAGACGAUGCCAAGCACACGUGUGCCGUACGCUGUUCCUUUCUGGUGGAUUUCCUUUCUGCUUUAAAGAUGUUGAGUUGUACUGUACUCAGGAAAACCACUAACUGAUUUAUUUCUUCUACUGUAUAUAAACCGUUAAUUAACCCUGUGACAGGCCUAACAACAAUUGCUUAUUUAUUAUUUGUUUGAGUAUUUAGUUUUUGUUUCUCCGGCAUUUUUCUCUAGACUAAUACAUGAAUGAAAAAUGUGAUGUUUUUGUGGUGUUGUUAUUGCCACUGCAGUCGCGGCUUCUGUUAGCGUAACGUCAUCAGCACGGUGGUUUCAGCAGUAUAAUUUAACAUUUUAAUGAUAUUGAUGUCUGAUUAAAGAGCAAUAUGUUUCCAAA